CCCCCUGUCUGCCAGCUGGGCGGUUCCUUCCUGCUGGGCGUGGGCGUCUGGGUGCUGGUGGACCCGAUGGGCUUCAGGGAGAUCGUGGCGGCGAACCCUCUGCUGUUCACGGGCGUCUACGUCAUCCUGGCCAUGGGCAGCAUGCUGUUCCUGCUGGGCUUCCUGGGCUGCUGCGGCGCCAUCAGGGAGAACAAAUGUCUGCUGCUCUUCUUCUUCAUGCUGAUCCUCUUCAUCUUCCUGGCCGAGCUGGCAGCCGCCAUCCUGGCGUUCCUCUUCAGGGAGCACUUGACCAGAGAGUAUUUCAGCAGGGAGCUGAAACGUCAUUACCAAGGCAACAACAGCACCGACGUCUUCACAUCCACCUGGAACGCCAUCAUGACCACGGUGACGACGCACGUUAUUACCUCCACUCUGUUUCUACACACCUGCACACUGACGCCACAACACCCAACAUCAGUCUAACUCCUCCUCCUGCUCCUCCUGCUCCUCCUGCUCCUCCUCU